AUGCACCUCCCCUCUCUUUUCUCUACAGCUCUGCUGUUUUCUACCGCUAUCGCGGUGCCACAACCUGAUUACACUACAACAAACGCGGCCCAACAUGGCAAGAUUGCCAAGUAUCAAAAGCAGUGUCCCUUCAGCAUUCCUCGUGUCAAACCCCACAGCCAACGAUAUGAGCACGACAUUCACUUCCCCAGGGGAUGUGAAAGCGGUAAAUUCAUUGAUUGGAAGACAUUCAAGGCCAAUGGUGUCAAUCUGGGCGCUUGGCUCGCAAAGGAAAAGACACAUGAUCCCGUCUGGUGGACUUCUCUUGGCACCAAGGCCGCAGCUACAAUCGAUGAAUGGGGCUUAUGCCAGGCUCUUGGAAAACAAUGUGGUCCAAUCUUGGAGAAGCGUUAUGAAUCUUUCCUUAAUACUUCUACCAUCGAUACACUUGCCAAGGUCGGGGUCAACACCCUUCGCAUCACUACCACCUAUGCCGCCUGGGUCAAGGUCCCUGGUUCUGCUUUCUAUCAUGGUAAACAGCAGGAACAUCUACGCAGGAUUACUCAAUAUGCCAUUGAACGGUACAAUAUGCAUAUCAUCAUCGGCCUUCACUCCCUACCUGGUGGUAUCAACAACCUCGACAUUGGCGAAGCGUUCGGACAUGAUGGCUGGUUCUAUAAUACUACCAAUCUGGCUUGGAGCUUCAAAGCUGUUGAUAAAGUUCUCGACUUCAUUCAAGCAAGCGGCCACAAAAACGCCUUUACAAUUGCCCCCCUAAAUGAAGCCAGCGAUAACUUGGCUGGUUUUGGAUCAGCGGCUGGUCUAUCCGACAAAGCGACUAACUGGAUUCUCACGUAUAUGAACGGUGUUUUCAAGCGUGUUGAAGGCGUUGAUAAGCGUAUCCCAGUCAUGCUCCAAGAUAGCUUCAAGGGCGCCGCCUUCUGGUCUCCACUGUUUGACAAGAAGCUUAACCUCGUCAUUGACUCGCACGUAUACUACUUUGCCGCGUCGGGUACUUAUUCGCAGUUUGUAGCGCCUGCUGUGUGCGGACAAGCAAAGUAUCUCGCUGAGGAGACUAAGUUCCCCGUGUUUGUUGGUGAGUGGUCCUUGCAGACUAUGUACAACAACACACUGUCUGUGCCUAAUCGCAAGACCAUCUUCGAUACCCAGCGCUAUGCGUGGCAGAAGUAUGUCGCUGGUGGUGCUUUUUGGACAGCUGUGUCUUAUUCUACUACGACUGUGGAUGGACAAGGUACUCAGAGGGAUUACUGGAGUUAUGUCGACUUGGUCAGGGCUGGAGUUAUUACCAAAGCCACAACCAAGAGUUAUUGCUAG